AUGGACGGAGGGGCUGACGGGAGCCAAAGCGAGGCGUCCGGCGUCUGCUUGCAGCUGGACCUGGGGGACACCGAUUCAGCCAGAAAAUUGCAGAUAACAGAGAUGCCAUCACCAUUUGGAGCAGGUCAAACUCAUGACAAGAAGAUAGGCCACCGAAGGGUCGAUGCCUCUGGGGAGACAACAUACAAAAAGACCACCUCUUCAGCACUGAAAGGGGCCAUCCAGCUGGGCAUCGGCUAUACGGUCGGCAACCUCAGCUCCAAACCAGAGCGAGAUGUGCUAAUGCAAGACUUCUAUGUGGUGGAAAGCAUCUUCUUCCCCAGUGAAGGCAGUAAUCUCACCCCAGCACACCACUACCCAGACUUUCGCUUUAAGACAUAUGCUCCGGUGGCCUUUCGCUACUUCAGAGAGCUGUUUGGGAUCAGACCAGAUGACUACCUGUAUUCUCUUUGUAAUGAACCUCUGAUUGAGCUGACUAAUCCUGGAGCCAGUGGAUCAAUAUUCUAUGUCACCAGUGAUGAUGAGUUUAUCAUAAAAACUGUGCUACAUAAGGAGGCUGAAUUCCUGCAGAAACUGUUGCCUGGAUACUACAUGAACCUGAACCAGAACCCAAGAACCCUGUUGCCAAAGUUUUUUGGACUUUAUUGUGUCCAGUCUGCGGGAAAAAAUAUCAGAAUCAUUAUCAUGAACAACAUUUUACCACGCUCAAUACGAAUGCACCUUAAAUUUGAUCUAAAAGGAUCGACAUGUAAGAGACGUGCAUCAAAAAAGGAAAGAGAGAAAGCCAAGCCCACUUUCAAAGAUCUGGACUUUCUCAACGAUGUCCCAGAAGGCAUCUCACUUGACCAGGAGACCUAUAAUGCUCUUGUGCGCACUUUGCAAAGAGACUGUUUGGUUCUGGAAAGUUUCAAGAUCAUGGAUUACAGUCUCCUGCUUGGCAUCCACAACAAAACUGUGGCAGAGAAGGAGAUUCAGUGCCAGGCCUCACCAGCAGGGGGCACUGAUCCCAAGAGACCCAUCCUUCAGAGAGCCUUGUAUUCCACUGCCAUGGAGUCCAUCCAGGGAGACUCCAUGUGCAAGGACACGCUGGACCAUGAUGCCACAAUGGGAGGGAUUCCAGCACUUGGCCCUAAAGGAGAAAACCUUCUUCUUUUUGUUGGAAUCAUUGACAUCCUGCAGUCCUACAGGCUGCUGAAGAAACUCGAGCACUCUUGGAAGUCACUUAUUCACGACGGGGACACCGUCUCAGUGCACAGACCUUGCUUCUAUGCUGAACGAUUCUUCAGAUUCUGCUCUUCAACCGUGUUCAGGAAAAGCUGCUCUCUUCGGCCCUCUCCGUCCAAGCGAGGUCGAGGAACCCUGUCUGCUUCCCGAUCCAACGCAGGGUCCACGUCACAUCGGCCUUCGCUGACCGAAGACCGCCGGGAAAACAUGGACAAUCUAGAAAAUCUUAGAGGAGCACGGAGUUUCCCCAUGCUGCAGGACAGUGGCAGAGAUCCGCCCCACACUCCUCCUUCAUUUGAAGAUGCCACCACUGCAUCGAUCGCCACCACCCUGUCGUCCAACAACUCAUUACCCACAACCCCCUUCGACACGCCCGAGCACCCGCGCUUCCGGAGACAGAUGCUGUCCCCCAGUGUGACCAGGUCCCAGAAGGAGAUUGUGGAAGUCCAUGAGGAAAAGCAAGACACUAUCACAGUAGAAGUGCAGCUCAGUAAAAUUCCCAACAGCACCGAGCUCACCAAAGCUACAGAGAAGAUAUCAUUAGAGUGCAUGUCACCAGAGCACCUCCCUAAGGACCCCCCCACAUCCAGCGCUCCAGGCCCUUGUUCCUCCUCCACACUGCCCUCUCGCACCUCCUCUGCUCCUCUGUCUUCCCACUCCUCCGCCACACUCGCAACCUCCACGAUACAGCCCUCCACGAAGCCCCUCCAUUCCCCUACCAGUUUACGCGUUCCCGUUUUGACUCCGGUGUUACCAGAUAUUACCUCAGCACCCACAUCUGCUUUUAUUCCCAUUUGGCCUGCCUCUUCAGAAAGUUUCUCCCAAAGCUCCAGCGACCAGCCCAUUUUGACCCAGCCCACUCCAAACCAACCCACCCAAACACAGCCCACCCCAAACCAACCAACCCAAACACAGCCCACCCCAAACAAAACCACUCAGAUUCAGCCCACCUCAACCCUGUCCACCCCACAUCCCUCAGGUCCUCAGCCCCCCCCUCGCCGCCCUCCACUGACAUCCAGCCAACACCUAUCCGUAUCCAGCAGCAACAACUCGCUGGAAGGUGAAGUCCAGGUUUCUGACAUCUACUUUUACGCAGACGGCAGAUACUGGGUGUACUCCCCAGUACUGGGCCGUCGUAAACUCAAUUCUAGUUCGAGUUACAGUACUCAGGAUGACCAGAGCUGGAUCUACUCUCCUCUGCACCCCAGCUCGAGAAGAGGAUCCGAAGGGGAGAGCGAGACCUAA